AUGGGUUUUGGCAGCGAUUGUGACUCAUGCUCUGAGAGCGGCUCGGAUGACAGCUCCUGCUUGGGCUUGUGCCACACAGAGCACAUACUGCAGACGCUGAACACUUUUAGGCAGAGCGCCACCUUCACCGAUGUGGUGCUGAAGGUGGAGGGCUGAGAGUUCCCCUGCCGUCGGGCCGUGCUGUAUGCUGCCAGCCCCUACUUCCACACCAUGUUCGUGGGCCGCAUGCGGGAGAGGCACCGGCGGGUGGUGUUGCUGGAGGAGGUCUCGGCCUCCUCCAUGGAGCACCUGCUGGAGUUCAUCUACGUGGCGAGGGUACGGCUCCGUGAAGAGAGCGUGGCAGGGGUCUUUCAGGCCGCCGACCUGAUGCUGAAUGUGCGCAAGCUGUCCCGGAUGUGCACCGAGUUCCUGAAGGCACGUGAGGCAUGCCUGAGCCUGAUGGACUUUGCCAAGCUGUACUCGCUGCAAUCAGUGCUGGAGCGCUGUCAGGGCCUACUGUGGCGGGACUUCACCACUGUGUCCAGGCAGGAGGAGUUCCCGGACCUGCCCGCAGAGAGGGUGCUGGAGCUGCUGGACUCUGAGAAGCUGCAGGCGUCAGAGGAGGAGCUGGUGGAGACCAUGCUGCACUGGGCUCGGUAACAGCGCGGUCAGAGGAUGGUACACCUCGCUCGUCUGCUGGGGAGGCUCUGCUUGCCCCUGGUGGACUCCGUGUUCUUCACCGACGUUCUGGAGGCAGACAAGCUCGUGCAGCAAUGCAACGACUGCUGGGCCCUCCUGCAGGAGGCCAGACUGUACCACGUUUACGGCAGAGAGAUCAGCUCUGAGCGAACCAGACCCAGGAGGCAGUCUGGCUGGGCUGAGAUGAUUGUGGUGAUCGGUCAUAACAGAAGCGACAUUUCUUGGACGUCAUUAACGGAGAAACUGGAUCCAGCCUCAGGGAAAUGGUUUCCAUCAGCCACAGUGCCAGGCUAUGGCAAAUGUGAGUUUGCUGUGUGUGAACUGCAGAGCCACAUCUACUUAUCAGGUGGGCAGCUGAAUAGCUCAGACGUGUGGUGCCUCAUGCCCCAGCUGGCCCAGUGGGUGCGCGUGGGCAGGCAGCAACACAAGAAGACCUGCCUGCGUGGAAAGCUGUAUGCUCUGGGCAUUUACAAUGGGUACCAGCGGCUGAGCAGCAUGGAGUGUUACAGCGUGUUUGAGAAUGCGUGGAAGACUGUGGCACCGCCGCUCCUUACAGUCAGCUCUUCUGCGCUCGCCAGGUGUUCGGGCAAGCUUUCCAUCAUUGGUGGAGCUGUGAACAACGACAGCAACACCAACAAGGUGCAGUGCUUUGACCCUGUGUCAUCCUGUCCAUUCUCUCAGAAAUGCAUAGAUGCAGUGUCACUCAGUAGCACCAUCUACACAGCUGGAGGCUUGCUCGACAAAUUGUACUGUUAUACUCCAAGGAAUGAUACUUGGAGCAAAGUGGCAGAGCUGUCAAUGAAACUGCUGUAA